UUUCCGGUUGUGUGUCAGUGCUUAAUUUUCAAAACUAAACAUUCGCGUUGAAUGUGUUUUGCUGCAGUAUUUCAGCUGAUUUGACGCGGUUUUCCUCGUUCUAAAGGUCGUUUCAGUAUCCUGGAGUGCUGUAAGGAAGUAGUAAAGGAAUAAAAUAUUAAAUUCGGCUAAGUCAUGAAAUACUGAUGGUGUUUGAUUUGAUUUUUGACUAGUCUUGACAAAUUGGUAAUAAACACCUGGACAUUGACCGGAAGUAAACAUGGCCCUUUAUGUGUUGUACGAACACGCAGCCGGCUAUGCCGUGUUUGGUGUAAAGGAAUUCGAGGAGAUUUCGAUGCUGCUGCCACAGGUGGAACAGUCUGUGACAGACUUAUCACGCUUUAAUUCAAUCGUUAAGCUGUUGGGAUUUGCACCGUUCAAAACGGCGGUGGCCGCUCUGGAAAAUGUAAAUGCCAUCUCUGAAGGUAUCGUUCCGGACGAUUUGUCGGUCUUUUUAGAUAGCGUUUUGCCGAAAGCGUCUAAAUCAAAUAAGUUUACGCUGGGAGUUGCCGACGCUAAGCUUGGUGCAGCCUUGGCUGAAGCAAUAGGUAUUCAAUGCUCGCACAUUGGAGCGAUACCGGAAAUUUUGCGGGGCAUUCGUCAUCAUUUUCCUAAACUAGUUAAAGGAUUUUCGGACAAGAGUGCCGGCAUAGCCCAGUUGGGGUUAGGGCAUAGCUAUUCCCGUUGUAAGGUCAAAUUCAAUGUUCACCGUUCGGACAAUAUGAUUAUCCAAUCGAUCGCGUUGCUAGAUCAGCUUGACAAAGAUAUUAAUACUUUUUCGAUGCGAAUACGCGAGUGGUAUUCCUACCACUUCCCAGAGCUGGUGAAAAUCGUACCAGACAAUUAUCUUUUCGCCAAAGUAGCACAUUUUGUAAAAGACCGUAAAUCGCUGUCGGACCAGAGCCUUGAAGGGCUGGAGGAAAUUGUUAUGGAUUCGGAAAAGGCUAAAGCCAUUAUUGACGCAUCGAAAAUGUCGAUGGGUAUGGAUAUUUCCGUUAUUGAUCUGUUAAACAUCGAAAUGUUUGCAAAGCGUGUGGUUAAUUUGUCCGAGUAUCGUCAUCAAUUGGCGGAGUAUUUGCAUUCUAAGAUGGGUAAUGUUGCUCCAAAUUUGCAGGCACUUAUUGGCGAUCAGGUAGGGGCUCGGCUUAUUUCCAAAGCUGGUAGUCUUACAAAUUUAGCAAAGUAUCCAGCAUCUACUGUACAAAUUCUUGGUGCCGAGAAAGCACUUUUCCGUGCAUUGAAAACCAAAAGCAACACCCCAAAAUAUGGUUUGCUUUUCAACUCUACAUUUAUUGGACGGGCUAACGCUAAGAAUAAGGGUCGCAUUUCACGAUUCCUUGCAAACAAGUGCUCGAUCGCGUCUCGCAUUGAUUGUUUCACAGAAGCGCCGAGUAACGUUAUUGGCGAAGCGCUCAAACAACAAGUCGAAGAUCGGCUCAAGUUCUACGAAACUGGUGAAACGCCUCGCAAAAAUCUGGAAGUUAUGAAAGAAGCCCUGGAGGCUGCUUCUCAAGUCGCGGCAUCCAAUCAACAGGCCAGUGGUAAAAAGAAAAAGAAGAAUAAAAAACGCAAACAUGAGGCAGAAAAUGGCGAGAACGGAAAUGGCGAUGCUGAUGAAACAUUGAACGAAACGAUCAACGGUAACGGCACUAUGGAAAUCGCCGAAGACGAUGAUCCGGCCGAUGAGCCUAAGAAGAAAAAGAAAAAGAAGAAGAACAAAAACAAAGACAGCGAUGCAUAAAAUUUUAACAUUGAAUUACUUUUCUUUCUUUAUUCUUUAGUUUAUAAACUUAUCAUCUAUAUCUAUCAGAAAUAAAUAAACUUUAAUUGAUUCUAA